AUGAAGUCCAAACACAGCGGACUACAUGCUCUGGAGCUGCGAAAGACCUUGCGCCGGGCUAUUGGAAUUGACGAAUUACCUAUGCAAGGUGAUCUUGAGAUUCAAGUUCAAGGCCGAACCGAAAGGGUCCGAGAUUCACUCAGCCCAAUAUUCAAGGCCGCUGUUUGCGAUGGAGAAGCUAUCUGGGCUUUCGCGGUGCCCUAUGGCAGCAGUAUACAGAUAACGGCAAAGAGCCGUUGUGACGCCCCAUCACGGAGCUGGAAGCAACACCUUUGGUCAGAUAUAAGUCGAGACGAUUUCAUAGGACCUCUGAAGUUGAUUGCUCACCAUUACGGACGCAGCAUCAAAGCAACCAUAUCCAUUUCAGUCUACUUGAAGGCACUUUUUAUUAGUGGCGGUUACACCGAAGGUACUGAAACCGAAAACUGGAGACUCAGACGCGACUAUUUGUUCAGCAACAACUUUAAUACAAGUAUUAGCGCUAUUGCAAAUUAUCUUCAUAAGAUGGAACCAAAGAGCAAUGCACCCGUAGCUAGACAAUAUGCACCUCCCGCACCGACAUUUGGUCAUGCAGCAUCAACCCCCACCAUUGAACAGGAUUCUAAGAACGCGUCACUGUUUACCAACCCCGCAACGAGCGCGUACAGGGCAAGUCAAGAAGUUGUUGUUUUGGAGUACAACAACCAAAAGCGCCUUAACACAACCAUCAAACGUGGUCGUUUGGAGUAUGAGAAUAUGGAGAAGGAUCUACAGACCCUUGAGGGACAGUUAAAGAAACACCAGACUGCUAUGGCAGAAAAGAAGACUGAGCUGAAAAAGAUUGAUGAGGAAAAUGAAGAAAGUGUUACGAAAUGCACUGAGGCGAAAGGGCUGAUGAAUGGCAUUGCGCUUGACGAAGUCUACACUGUUAUCGGUCACCCCUCGGUCUUUUUCGUUGAAGACACCGACAUGGAAGAAGCGAAAGGAGAACCCCAGGUUUGA